CAGGCUUGCCAGCUGCCACAGUCCCUAUAAAAUUAACUUCGCUUGACUCUCCCCCACACUCAACGUCUUUCUCUCCGCCCUACUUAUUAUAUCGCUCCGCCAUGGCGUCUGCCAAAUUGAUGGCAAAGCUACAAGCAAACCAGAAUGCAGUAACGCAAAUGGCAGAGCUUCACUCAAAGCAAGCUGCGACUCUGUCUCGAAGAAGCAACAACACCAACGGCACUGGUGCUGGUGGCACUGGUGGUAGCAGCAGUAACAAGGAGAGACGUCUUAAUUGGCAAAGACAACAACAACAGCAGCAACAACAACAACGACAACGACAAGAAGUAAAUGAAAACGAGACAGAUCAGCGAUCGCUACGACGAGAUGAAAAAGAUUUACUAGCUCGUUAUGCCAACGAACCACCGUCUUUAGUUCUUCAUUUAUAUCCUACCUAUUUUAAAUUUGAACAUGAGGAUGGGUUCUUUUCGUAUAAAAGCCAGUUUAAGGAUUUUUUAACCUGUAUUAAAGAAAAACGACUUCCACCCGAUCUGAUGGACGUGCUCGACGAAGCUUCGUGUCGAUACUAUGAAGGAUGCCUAAUUGUUGAAAUACACGACCAUCGCAAACCAGAUAAACCAGCUCCAUUAAUUAAACGUGUCGCGAUGCAGCCCACAGCUGAGAGUUUAUGGACAGACAUGUUGCUACUGAACGAAGAAUGGGGAUUCCCGUGGACAGAAGACGUGGCGCUUGAAGUGGAAUCCAAAGUGCUGCUUGCAACGGAAGACCCUCUUUGCCUUGAUCCGUCUAUUCAUGUUACGCGUAUAAGUAAUGCAAUUGAGUAUGCUACUGGACAUCGAAAGGUUAAACGACGGCAAAAGUGGAAUUCCCUAGAACGGGAACAGAAGUUGGCUAAGAAGGCUGAAAAUAAUAAACUCAUGACUUUGAUGGAUAAGCGUGCCAAGCGAUCAUUCCCAUUCGAGCCAAGUUUUGGAAAGAUAUCAUUCUUGUAUGAUUGGAGGUCAAAACGGCAAAAGUUGGAUACCGAGCCAUUGCCAUCUGUCGAGGUCAAGAAGAAAGGUGGGCGUAAGGUUGUUCUUGAACCGCCUAAUUUACCAGAUGGUCGCAAAUGUGUUCGUACGAUCCGGUUUGAGCGACCAGAAGGCGAAAAAACGGUUUUUACAGUUGUGGAUUUGUUUAUGCAAAACAACGAGUACGAUGGCAUAUUUCGCUGGGGCACUGUAUACGAUACCAGUAUCAACGGUGGCAAUAUCGAGUUCAAGAUUGGUCCAGAGUACCUUAUGGAAACGUACACUGUCCAUUUAAAAAGUACAUAUGGUUUAUUCAAUCGUCUGGUAUCUGACAACAACAUUGCGAAUCCCGUACCACGGUCACCUUCUGUCGCUGGCCGUCUGGCUGCUGCUCAGGUGCAACAACAGCAACAGACACAGACACAGCAACAACAGACGCAACAACAGCAGCAUCAGCAACAACAGUACAAUUUUCAAUUACAGCAGCUUCAAGCACAACAGGCGCGUGCAAAGCAACAAGGCAAACAACUGUCGGCGCAGCAGCUUAACAUGCUGGCCCAAGCGCAAGCUCAGGCACAUGCGGCUCAACAGGGUCAACUAUCUCAACCCGGCGGUGCACCACAAGUUUCUGCACCCACGACGUCCCAACAAGCACAGACACCGCAAGUGCAAGCCCAAACUUCACAGCCUCCACAACAACACUUAACGUCCCAGCCGCAAUCAAAGUCAAAGCAGAAACAGACCCAACUACAGCAACAGCAGGAAGCCGCUCAACAACAGCAACAGCAACAGCAACAAGUACCACCACAACCACAACAACAGCAGCCACCCACGCCAUCUUCACAUACCCCAUCAAGAAACUCUACGCCAACCCAACCCCAUCUUGCGACACCAACGCAAGCACAUGCCCCUACACCUUCUAUGGCUCAAGCCAACCUUCCACGACAGCCACAACAACAACAACCGCCGAUGGGUAUGGCCAAUGCUAGUGUGAAAUCGCAACCUACUCCUUCCCAGUCACAUGCGCAACUCGGCACUCCACAGCAACAAACACAACAACCCCCUCAAACUCCACAACAGCAUCAUAUCACUUCGCUACCUCCCCAAUCCACCAUGCAAUCCUUGGCGCUUCCGUUGCGUGCAACCACACAAAUGGCAGCGCAGCAUGCGCCUACCAUGAGCUCGAUGCCUCAGGGCGCGUACGUACCACCAGGCACCCCACAUAACAAUGCAGCUAUGUUGGCCAUGAACGGUAUGUCUGCUGCUGCUACCGGUGCUGGUCCUGGCCGGCCGAAUAUGCCUACUGGAGUUGGAGCAAACGGCCAUGCACCAAGUCCUUCGCUUGCAGGUAUGCAGCAAACGACACUGGCAAAUGCGCUUGCUGCAAACAGUAACAAUCCACAGCAACAACAGCAACAACAUCAACAGCAACAAAUCAAUUUGCAACGGAUACAGCAGUUGCUUGCUUCGCGUGCCAUCCCGCCUGGUGC